CGGACCGCAACCUUGGCAAACUCAACCCGCUGCUCCUCGGGAGCGCGGGGCCGGGCGGCCGGAGAAGCCCGAGCUGGGUGAGCCCAGCGGGCCGCGGCCGCCGAGCAGCCAUGGCGGAGGCCGCGCCGCAGCACCUGGCGCUGCCCUCAGGGCUGUUGGAGCUCUGCGCGCUGCUGGGGGCCCCACGGGACAGCCUUCGCGGCCCCGACCAGGUUGCUCAGAAAAGGGGAGGCACACAUCUUCCUUCUCUCGAUCCGGAGGUUCUGUCUGUGUUUGUCCCUCCCUUUGUCAGCAAAGAGGACAGCCAGACGGCUGGUGCGAACUGUGUGACUCCGAACAAAAGCAAGAGGCGCUCCUUCAGGAAGAAGAGAGAGAAGCCCAAAGCAGAGCCUGGGAACGGCCUCCUGGAGGGUCCUCGCGGGCCGGACUCUGAGGACGUUUGUAUCCCCAACGGUGUGGACCUGCUCGCCCUGCCUCAGCUGUGCUUCCCAGGAGGCGUGUGUGUGGCCUCUGAACCCAAGGAGGAUGGUGUCCAUUUCCUGGUGCUGACCGACGUCUGUGGGACCAGAACGCAUGGCGUGGUUGCCCAGUUCUACCGGCCGCUGCACGAUGAACACUGUUUCUACAACGGCCAGGCACACUGGGAGCCAUCCCGGCUGAGCGGGAGCAUGGCUGGCGGCUUCGUGCCCUACGCGGUGUGCGUGGUCUCCAGGUUCCCCUAUUACAACGCUUUCAGGGACUGCCUUUCCUGUUUAUUGACUCAUCUGAAGUCCUGUAAAGAUUUUGAAGUGGAGAAUCAUAUAAAAGAUUUUGCUGCCAAACUAUCUUUAAUCCCUAGCCCGCCGCCUGGGCCACUCCACUUGGACCCUCCACGCAGCAGUCUGCCGGGGACAAAACCCUGCCAGCCUCACGCCAGACCCAGAGUCAGAGCAGCUUGCCUCUCUGCCUUCUUCCUGCUUCCAGAAAUGUUUGUAGGCAAAUUUACUGAGUGCUUGUUCUGUGCAGAGACACUCAUCUUUAUUACCUGGACAUAUAACAUGAAACCACUCCAGGUCGUGUUUCCCUCACGAGCGGACCCCGAAAGCCCAGUCAUCGACCUGGACCUUCACCUCCCCUUGCUGUGCUUCAGACCUGAGAAGGUGCUGCAGAUCCUGACAUGCCUCCUGACGGAGCAACGUAUCGUGUUCUUCUCCUCCAACUGGGCCCUGCUGACGCUGGUCACCGAGUGCUUCCUGGUCUACCUGCACCCCCUGCAGUGGAAGCACACGUUCGUGCCCAUCCUGUCGGGGCAGAUGCUGGACUUUGUCAUGGCGCCCACGUCCUUCCUCAUGGGCUGCCACCUCGACCACUUUGAAGAAGUCAGCAAGGAAGCUGAUGGUUUAAUUCUGAUAAAUAUUGACAUCGGGAGCAUCACCUACUCAAGUGACCACAUGGACGUCCCCGACAUCCCUCUCCUGGCCGCGCAGACGUUCAUUCAGAGAGUCCAGGGCCUCCAGCUGCACCACGAGCUGGACCUCACUCGCCUCCGGGCCAGCACUGACCUAAAUGACGGGCGAGCCUGCAGGCGUGCCUGGCAGCAGAGGCUGAACGCCGAGAUACAGCAGCUUUCCCUGCACCUGCUCGUCAGCAUCUUCAGGGAAGUGAAGAAUCACUUGAAUUAUGAACACAGAGUAUUUAAUAGUGAAGAAUUUCUCAAAACACGAGCUCCAGGGGACCAGCAGUUCUAUAAACAGGUUUUGGAAACCUACAUGUUUCAUUCUUUUCUUAAAGCCCGGCUCAACAGGAGCAUGGAUGCGUUUGCUCAGAUGGACCUUAACACGCAGUCGGAAGAGGACAGGACAAAUGGACUGUUUCUUAGUCCAAGGAGACCAACGGUUGAGAAGAUGGCCUCACGCAAAGCUUCGUCCCUGCACGCCGCCCGCAGGCGCCUGGUCGUCAGCCUGCCCAACCUGCAGGACAUCGCCAUUCCCGAGCUGCCGCCCAGGAACUCGUCGCUCCGGAAAAUGGACACCGCCGACCGUCAGAGUGGCAGCACAGUUCUGAAUGUGACCCCUCAGGCGACGUAUACGUUCAAGAUCCCGGAAAUCCACUUCCCCCUGGUGGCUCAGUGUGUCCAGGCGUAUUACAGCGACUUUGUCAACCUUCUGAGCAAAGCUAUGAACUGCCUGGCCCCCGACAACUCCGUGCUGCUGGCCAGGUACCUCUACCUGCGGGGGCUCGUUCACCUGAUGCAAGGGCAGCUGCUGGACGCCCUGCUGGACUUCCAGAGUCUGUACAAGACGGACCUCAGGAUCUUUCCUGCCGACCUGGUGAAGAGGAUGGUGGAGUCCAUGUCGGGGCCUGAGUGCGCCCAGGCCGAGCGGACGCCCGAGCUGAGAAGGCUCAUCAGCGAGUUCCUGGACCAGCCCGGGGAGGCCCCCAAGGCCGACGACCAUGUGAAGAACUUUGAGCUGCCGAGGAAGCACAUGCAGCUGGACGAUUUCGUGCAGAGGGUCCAGGAGUCUGGCAUCGUCAAGGACGCCAGCAUCAUAAGCCGCUUGUUUGACGCCCUGACUGUAGGGCGCCAGAAACUGAUUGACCCAGAAACAUUCAAAGAUCUGUACACCUGCUGGAAGAAGAUAGAAGCAGAGGCCCAAGAGGUCAGUCUGCCGGCGGCGGUGAUGGAGUGCCUAGAUAAAAACGAGUGUGUUUACAAGCUGUCCAGCUCGGUCAAGACAAGCCGCGGUGUGGGCAAGCUGGCCAUGACCCAGAAGCGCCUGUUACUCUUGACCGAAGGCACGCCAGGCUACGUGGAGAUCUGCACCUUCAGGAACAUAGAGGAAGUCAGAAGUACCACAGUAGCGAUUCUGUUUCUCAGAAUACCUACUUUAAAAAUUAAAAUGGUGUCCAAGAAAGAAGUCUUCGAAGCUAACCUUAAAACGGAGUGUGACCUGUGGCACCUCAUGGUGAAGGAAAUGUGGGCUGGAAAGAAGCUGGCCGACGUGCACAAGGAUCCUCAGUACAUCCAGCAGGCGCUGACACACGUCUUGCUGAUGGACGCCGUCGUGAGCACCCUGCAGUCGACCAGCGCCAUUUACGCUGCCUCCAAAUUAUCGUAUUUCGAUAAGAUGAAGAAUGAAAUGCCCAUGGCUGUUCCCAAGACAACGGCGGAGACACUGAAGCACAAAAUCAACCCUUCAGCGGGAGAGACUUUCCCUCAAGACGUCGACGUCUUGCUGUACACGCCAGGGCAUCUUGACCCAGCAGAAAAAGUGGGAGACGCUCACCCCAAGUUAUGGUGCGCACUCAGCGAAGGCAAAGUGAUCGUGUUCGACGCUUCGUCUUGGACCAUUCACCAGCACUGCUUCCGAGUGGGCACGUCCAGAUUGAACUGCAUGGCAAUGGUGGAGCAGAACCAGGUGUGGGUCGGCUCGGAGGACUCCGUCAUCUAUAUCAUCAACAUCCACAGCAUGUCCUGCAACAAGCAGCUCAGUGACCACCGCACCAGCGUCACAGGCCUGGUGGUGCAGGGUGGCACGGCGGCUCCCAGCCAGGUGUACUCGUGCAGCGUGGAUGGGACUGUCCUGGCGUGGGAUGUGAGCUCGCUGCAGGUGAUCCGCAGGUUCCAGCCGCUCAAUGGCGGGCUGUCGUCCAUCAGACUACACCGCGGCUGCCUGUGGUGCUGUACAGGCAACAGUAUUACAGUUGUGACAACGAAUGGCUCUCCCUGUCAAGAACUGAACACCAAAAAGUUCUUCCAGGAGCAAAGCAUCUCCUUCCUCGGCUUCCAGCUCGUCCCUGAGCAGGAGCAGCUUUGGGUGGCGUGCGCAGGAUACAACGACAUCUACAUCUGGAGUCUUGAGGACCUGGCCCGGCCCCCUCAGAGGAUUCACCUGCCGGACUGCUGCAAGGUCAACUGCAUGCUCAGGGUGAAGAGGCAGAUCUGGGUGGGCGGCACAGGGCUGUCGCAGGGGAAGUCCAAAGGGAAAAUCUACGUGAUCAACGCCGAGAGGAAGGAAGUGGAAAAGGAGCUGGUGGCCCACACCGACACUGUGAAGACCUUGUGCUCUGCCGAGGACAGAUACGUGCUGAGUGGGUCAGGCAGGGAGGAAGGGAAGAUCGCCAUCUGGAACGUCGAGUAAACAGGUAAAUGAGCCGGUCAGAGCUGGGCUCUGUGAGCGAGGCCCUGUGCCGUUCGCCUGCUUUCCAGAGCUUUCCCAGAGAAGGCGGGUCCAGAGCCAGACUUCUGGGUGGGGGUGUCCACGGCAGGAGGCUGUGGGCUCUCCAGCCUGUUCUGAGACCCCUGAGGACUCUCUCGGACUUUCCUGAUUAAACUGCACCAACAGCAUUUCAGGGGUGCUGGGGUGCUUCUCAGACAGGCAACUGGACUGUGUGAGAAACUCUGCUGAGAAGUUAUCCUGUAAGUUAGCUAGAAAGUUCCAGAAUCCACAACCAGGAGCCAGCACUGGAGCCAACGGGAAGCAAUUUAAGUCAAAUCACACCUGACCUGCAGACCUCCCAGCUCUGGUUCUGCCUUUCCUCUAUUUCAUUCAUUCAUUCAACAAACACUGACUCCGCACCAGCGUCUGGGGGGCUCCAGCCUUACACGGACUCCGUUUCCAGCACAGCUUAUGAGAAGGGGUGACUUUAAAUGACCACUUUGUGCCUGCCUUGCUGUCCCCCAUCAGAGGUGACCAAAGCUGCCCAGAGAGGGGACAACCCUGGUAAGGCUGCCCGGGAGGGGGUGGUCGGAUGAGGCAAGCUCUGUAGUUUUUUUUUCCUUUUUAACUAAAGCAAAAUUUUUCUAAUGAAACCCAGAGAGUCUUUUGCACCAAAGAGCACAGAUGAAAAACUCCUUCUAAACAAGGACGUAUAACAUUUUUUUUAAAAUAAUAAUAAAAAGUAAAACAAGACGUGUAAUCUGGUUCCCCAGUCAAGUGGCUGCCAUGCAAACUCCCUCACUGGAUGCUGCUGUACAUUUCCCUCCAUCGACGUCUGGUGUAAACACCGUAUGUGUAUAUGGAGAUGGUGCUUUGUUAUUUAACUAAAGAUGAUCUUAUUAGCUGUAACUAAAUAUUUGCCAAAAAAAGACCUGUGCACACUUGUACUAUAGCAUCAGGAGGGUUUCGGCAUGGUUACUGGACAUGGCGGGGGCACCGUGUGCAGGUGCCCGCAGCCUGUCCCCCAGGCUCCCCAUGAGCUCUGUCUCAGGCUGCUGGACCCUCAGUCUCCACACUAGACCUCGCUCCCCGAGAGGUCUCGGAGGGUGCACUUCAGGCCCCCCGAAUGGCCACGUGUCAGAAGCGUCUGCCGUUUCUCCACAAUGAGCUCGGCCUAGGCCUCUGGCUUGGUCUACAGGACCUGGCAUGGACCAAGGUCCAGACCACUGACCGACAUUUUGGGGCCGUCUGGGGAUGUGGUGCUGAAUACAGCCAGGCGGCCCACUCCCAGAGUCUGCUUACCGAGAGGGUGCACUCCCCACUUCCAGAAGGACCGCUCGGCCAGCGGCAGAGGGCAGAGGGCUGAAUUCUGCUUUUGGAAACACAUGAAAAAUUCCAGUAAAAGCCUGUCAGAACUAAAUGAUCUAAUGCCACAUGUAAACCAGGUAUUUUCACCUUGUCAAUAAUAAACUUU